AUGCCAGGGACGAUUUUGCCCCCGAGAUCACACCGGCAGCACGCAGAGAUGGAUCCAUCAUCUGCUUCCCGGCCGGACCUCUACCUGAUUACCGAUCAGGAUAUCAUAUACGAACAAGAUUUGCUUCGCGACACAAGCAGCGUCAAGCCAUGGCUUGCCUACAUCGAAUUCAAGCAGCAAAAUGGUACCCUCUAUGAGCAAGCAUUUGUCAUGGAGCGUGCCUGUAAGCAGCUACCACGCUCAUACAAGCUCUGGAAGAUGUAUCUGGAGUUCCGGACGAAACACUUGAAAGGUCGCAACCCAAUGGUAUAUCGCGCCGAGUACCAAAAAGUAAAUGCACUCUUCGAACGAGCUUUGAUUCUCCUCAACAAGAUGCCGCGCAUCUGGGAAAUGUACCUCUCCUUCUUGCUUCAGCAGCCUCUGAUCACCCAGACUCGGCGAACAUUCGACUCUGCUCUACGCGCUCUUCCGGUCACCCAGCACAACCGAAUCUGGAAGCUUUACAAACCAUUUGCUCGAUCUGCUUCUGGACAAACCGCCGUCAAGAUCUUUUCUCGCUAUAUGCAAAUCCACCCUGAGAACAUAGAGGACUACAUCGAGCUUCUUGUUGAAAUGGGUGAAUAUACGGAAGCUGUCAAGAAGUUCAUGGACAUUCUUGACGACGCACGGUUCAAGUCGAAAAAUGGCAAAAGUCCAUUCCAGUUAUGGUCAGAGAUGGUUGAUCUUCUGGUCUCCAAGGCUAAAAAGAUCAAGACCGGCCCUCAAGUCGGAAUCGAUGUCGACGCUAUUCUCCGGAGUGGUAUUGCGCGCUUUGCAGACCAGAGGGGCAAGCUGUGGGCCGGCUUGGCCACCUACUGGAUCACCAAGGGUAACUUCGAGAAAGCCCGGGAUGUUUUCGAGGAGGGUAUCACUACGGUCAUGACAGUCCGUGAUUUCACCCUAAUUUUCGACUCGUACGUUGAGUUCGAAGAAUCUAUCAUUGGCAAUCUGAUGGAAAGCGCAGCCGCUCGUUCUGAGAAGGGCAAAGCCGACGAAGAAGCUGACUUUGAUCUUGACCUCCGCAUGCUGCGCUUUGAGCAGCUCAUGGACCGUAGACCAUUCCUGGUGAAUGAUGUACUCCUCCGACAGAACCCUCAUAACGUCAUCGAAUGGGAGAAGAGGGUGGCACUCUGGGGUGACAACAAGCAAGAGGCAGUGCAAACAUACACAGAUGCUAUUGCUGCCAUUGCUCCAAAGAAAGCACAUGGAAAGUUCUCUGAGCUUUGGGUGAAUUAUGCCAAGCUCUAUGAGAACGGCGGAGAUCUGGAUACCGCAAGAGUCAUUUUCGAUAAGGCUGUCAAAGUUCCUUUCAAGUCAGUAUCAGAAUUGGCAGAGACGUGGUGCGAAUGGGCCGAGAUGGAGCUCCGUGCCGAGAACUUUGACAAGGCAGUCAGCAUCAUGGCCAAGGCGACACAGGCACCUAAGAAAUCGACCGUGGAUUACUUUGAUGAAACACUGUCUCCGCAGCAGAGAAUCCACAAGAGCUGGAAGCUAUGGAGUUUCUAUGUCGAUCUUGUCGAGAGUGUCUCGUCUCUGGAAGAGACCAAAAAGGUAUACGAGAGGAUCUUCGAGCUUCGCAUCGCCACACCCCAAACUGUCGUCAACUACGCCAACCUCUUGGAAGAGAACAAAUACUUCGAAGAAUCUUUCAAGGUAUACGAACGGGGCUUGGAUCUCUUCACGUACCCAGUUGCUUUCGAGCUUUGGAACUUGUAUUUGACAAAGGCCGUCGACCGGCAGAUAGGUAUUGAGCGACUCCGAGAUCUGUUCGAGCAAGCCUUGGAAGAGUGUCCCCCCAAAUUUGCCAAACCUCUCUAUCUGAUGUAUGGCAACCUGGAAGAAGAGCGCGGCCUCGCACGACACGCGAUGCGGAUUUACGAGCGUGCCACGCGGGCAGUGUCCGACGAGGACCGUUUCGAGAUGUUCGAAUUCUACAUCACCAAGUCUGCUUCCAACUUCGGUCUCACAUCCACAAGACCGAUCUACGAGCGUGCCAUCGCCGCUUUGCCUGACAAUGAGGCCAAGGAAAUGUGCCUCAAAUUCGCCGAGAUGGAGCGAAGACUUGGCGAGAUCGACCGUGCUCGUGCAAUCUACGGUCAUGCAUCUCAGUUCUGCGAUCCUCGGACGAACGCCCCAUUCUGGGCAAAGUGGGAAUCAUUCGAAUCCUCGCACGGAAACGAAGAUACUUUCACCGAGAUGAUCCGCAUCAAGAGGAGUGUCCAAGCACAAUACAAGUAUGUGAUACUAGCCGCUAUAUUCCGAAUCAAACACCUUGCUAACAUUCCAAUCUACAGUACCGAUGUCAACUUCAUUGCAUCACAAGCCAUUGCCAGGAGCCAACAGCAACCGUCGACCGGCGAAGAAGGCGAAGACGACGAGUCCCGACAGCGCGCAGAUGCCAUGGCAGAACUCGAACGUCAAGCCCGUGCCCCAGUGGGCUUCGUGGCUGCCAGCAGUGGUCCGGAAGGUGGUAACCGCCCUCCACCUGCAGGCCAAGAACCAGUUGUUCCUGCGGCCAACCCUGAUGCUAUCGACCUGGACAUGGAUGAGGAAUAG